GACGACGUUGAUGACGUUGUCUGGGCAGAUGGUUGUGGCGAACCGCGCACUUGGACCGUGGGAGGCACAUCGGUCACCUCCUGUGGUGUUGACAAUGAUGGUUGGCUAGCGAACGAAGUGACGCUGGAGGACAUAUCAACAGGAAUGCUGUGA